CCGACUUUUGCUAACAAACUAGGACACUACAUUCCCGUCUUUGCCGAUCACAUCAAUGAGAUGAACAAGGUUGCCACACUUGACGAGCAAAUUCCAUUGGAAUCUGUCUUGAUCGGCAACGGCAUCUUUAGUGAUACCAAGCAAGCCAGUUCGUAUUACGAUAUCCCCUGCACCAAUGUGACAGGCAUUGGACCCCUUCUGGAAUCAAGUGUGUGCGAGAAAAUGGCUGUCUCUGUCGGAAGAUGCGAAUACUUGAUGAAGGCCUGCCACGCUUACCCAGAUCCAAUCAUCUGUCAAUCCGCCGAGGGAUUCUGUAGUGAAGAGCUCGAACGACCAUAUUUCAAUUCGGGACGGAACUAUUAUGAUAUCAGUCGACCUUGUGAAGGAUACCUGUGCUAUCCAAUUAUGAACUCAAUCACCAAGUUCUUGCGAAAGGACGAAGUCCGAGAAGCAUUCAGAGUCGACAAAGCAGCACCAGUUUUCGUUGGGUGCAGCAAUAAAGUUGGCCGUGAAUUCCAGAAAGUGAAUGACUUCAUCAUCGACACCAGACCUUAUGUUGCCAAUUUGUUGCAUUCCGGAAUUCGGGCGCUUAUUUAUGUCGGAACGUAUGACUGGAUUUGCAACUUCGUUGGGAACGAAAGAGUCUUUGGGUCGCUGGAUUGGAAAGGCCUUCCAGAUUUUCGCUAUCAACAAGAGAACAACAAGCAAGUUUGGAGCGGUGGCUUGUGGUGGGAGAGUGGUCCACUGCGAUAUGCGAGAGUGAACGGCGCUGGCCAUAUGGUCCCUUGGGACAAGCCGGUGGAAGCAUUAAAAAUGUUCAAGGCUUGGUUAGAGAAGAAGGAACUGGAUUAGAUGCGGAAGUCAGGGAUGAGAAGCAUAAGACUUGGGAGGACGGGAGGCCAGAACUUGCCUCGGAACCGAUUUUCCAAGCACGAAGCCGUCGUUUUCAAGCACGAGAAUUGACCAAUUAGGUAAGAUUCAAGAAGAGCAAUCAAGCUAACGGGAGGCUAUUGGCCUCAAAUGGAGAUAAUGACCUGGAUGAUAUCGGAUCCAAGGUAAAAUUUUGAAAGCGCC